ACUGCCACCCCGCCCUAUAAAUUCUCUUCUUCCCCAUUCCACUCUUCAUCACUCUCCCAAUCCCUCCAUCUCUAGUUCAUUUCAUUAUAUCAUCAUCAAAUGGAAGAAUUCCAAGAAUCAGAUAUGAAUUGGUCUUCAUCAAAUGCUCAUCAUCACCGCGACAAUCAUUUCUACUACUACAACAGCUUCACAACAGCCGGCGAGGACUACGAAAACAAUCAGGAAGAGAGUGGUGGAUUAUCACCUCAUGAACAGCAUUCAUGGGUCUGUCAAGAUACUACUAACACUAGCAAAACAAAGAAUAAACUCAAGAAGAAUAAGAAGAUGACGAUUUCAUCAUCUGUUCCGAUAAGUAUCCCAGCGUCAAUGUCUAUAUCUAGCAGGCGUUCUAGUUAUGCAGCGGAUUCGGAUUAUGAAGAUAGUGAUACUGAUGAACAAGAAAAAAUUGUUCCACCUCAUGUAAUGGUAGCUCGAAGGAUUACUGCUGAAAACACCGCAUUCUCGGUUUGCAGUGGCACGGGAAGGACGCUUAAAGGUCGUGAUUUGAGCAAAGUUAGAAAUUCGAUACUUCGAAUGACCGGAUUCCUGGAAUCGUGAUCGUGAUACUUGUUAUUAGUUAAACUAAUUGUUAUUAUUAUUUUUCUUUUUCUAUUGUUCUUGGAUAAAUUUAUUGUAAUCGAAGCAUAAAACCAAAUCUAAUUAAUCAAAAUUUUCAGAUUCUACACAUA